AUGAUUUCGCAGUAAUUUAAAGAAAUUCAGUACAUUCAAAACAGUCCUGAAAAAUUAAAUCAAAUAGAAGCAUAGAUUAAUUGUAUUAAAAGUCCAGCCGAAAAGGUAACAUAAACCUUUAAUCUACCUAGCUCAAUAAUUGA